GUUGAAGAUUAGCCAUGAUCCUAGUGAGCGACAGAGCAGGGUUGAGAGUCCUUAUGACCUAGUGCUGCUUUUAUUCAUGUUCUUUUGUAACCUUCAGUCACUCAGCUCUGGCAUUCUGGAUUUACCCCUGAAGGUACAGGACGUUCCUUGCAGCAGUGGCGAAGCUGGGAUGUCAGCUGCACAGAAACGAGAAGAAAGACUGAAGAGAUUCCGAGACCUCCAUCUUAAACGAAAUGAAUCUCGGAAAUUGAAUCAUCAGGCGGUGGCAGAAGAGGACAGGAUCCUGAAACUACCAGCUAACUGGGAGUCCAAAAAAGCACGAUUGGAGUGGGAGCUAAAGGUGGAAGAGAAAAAAAAGGAGUGUCUGGAGAAGGGCGAGGAUUAUGCACGAGUUAAACUAUUGGAGAUCAGCGCUGAUGAUGCAGAACGAUGGGAACGAAAGAAGAAAAAGAAAAAUUCAGAUCCAGGAUUCUCAGACUUUGCCGCUGCACAGUUCCGCCAAUAUCAGAGAUUAGUGAAGCAGAUUAAACCUGACAUGGAGGAAUAUGAGAAGCAGAAGGAUGAUGCUGGAGAGGAGUUCUACGCAACAGCAAACAGUCUAAUGCAUGGCACCCAUGUUCCAUCCAAAGCAGGUGUGGACAGGCUGGUGGCAGAUGUUGAAAAGCAAAUUGAGAAGCGUGCCAAAUACAGCAGACGUCGUCGUUACAAUGAUGAUGCUGACAUUGAUUACAUUAACGAGAGAAAUGCCAAUUUCAACAAGAAGGCAGAACGAUUCUAUGGAAAAUAUACUGCAGAAAUCAAGCAGAAUUUGGAAAGAGGAACUGCUGUCUAACUUCUAAAACAUUCAAAUGGCUUAUCCUCCUAUGCUAUGUAGAGGUUGUGAUAAGCUUUGUAUCUUGCACUGCUGUAUAAAUUCAGCCUUAUAGCCGAUGUUGCAAAAUAUUUGAUGCAAUGAGUAUCACUUAUGGAUAUCUCUAUCAGAGAAACCGUACAUCACAUCAUUUACUGAAAUAUGCUUUUCAGAUGACUACUAAGGUUUAUGAAGUGUCUUGCCUGCAUCAUCAUAUCUCCUUGCUUUUUGAGUUUCUUUUUGACUUUUGGUUAGGAGUACUGAGCAAUUAAUAUUGUUUGGCUUUUGUACUUGUUAUCUAUUCAUUAUUCAAAAGGAAGUUUUGUAUGACUUCUGGGAUUUUUCGGUUAAUGUUUUCUGGUUAUGUUUUUGUUUCUCAUUAAGAUUUUAAAAUAACUUUGGAACAAAGUUUGCUUCUAUCAGUCAAACGAUUUUUAAUUCCAAACUUCUACAUAACAUACAUGAAUACAAAUACAAGAUACUGAUUUUUUCAUUGAUGUUACAAGUUGUAACAACCUGAUGUAAGGUUUCUGUGAAUAUCUCCAUCAGAAAGCAAACAAUCAUUAUUGCACACUGAUCUCUGAUGCUGUUGGAGAGUUAUUUUUCUGUAAGAUUUAUUCUCUGUAAAUAUCUUAUACUAGUGUACAACAAGUUGUAUAAAUUAAAAAAAACUUCACAUGAAA